AUGUUCUCCUCCCUUAACCCCAAAUCUCUGGCGGCCCUCGUGGCCGCUCUGGCCGCGAUCGCCCCGGCCGUCUCGGCCAAGGACUCGCGGACGUUUGCCGUCCUGCGCUUCCACGGCGACGGUCCGCUGACCAUCGGCCGCACCGACCCCAUUGUCAGCCCCGGCGGUCCGUCGUCGCACGUGCACGUCGUCCAAGGCGGCAACGCCUUUGGCAACUCAGCGACGGGCGAGUCGCUGCUGAAGUCGACGUGCAGCACGGCCAACAUUGCCGGCGACAAGAGCGCCUACUGGAUGCCGCAGGUCUUCUUCCACGACCCCAAGAACGGCUCCUUUGAGCCCGUGCCGCUGUUCUACAUGAACGUCUACUACUUCUUCGAGGCCACCAACGACGACAUCACGGCCUUCCCAGUCGGCCUGCAGAUGGUCAGCGGCAGCGCCACGCGCAAGACGGCCCCGGCCACCGGCAACGACGUCCUCGACCCAUCUCAGGGCACUAUCCAGCCCGCCCAAUUCACCUGCCCGCGCUCCAGCUACGACCCGCCCUCGUACCCGGUCGGCUCCGACGGCUCCAUGGCCGGCCUGCAGGACACGAAUAAUAAGGGCGCCGGCGCCGGCUUUCCCUUUGCCGAGUGCGACGGCUACGCCUCGCCGCUGCGCGCCGACCUGCACUUCCCCUCGUGCUACGACCCGUCCAAGGCGCUGACCGACUUCAAGAGCAACACGGCCUUCCCGACCGACGCCGGCGACGGCAAGCAGGACUGCCCCAAGGGCUGGCUGCACAUGCCGCACCUCUUUUACGAAAUGUACUGGAACACGCCCCUCUUUGUCGACCGCUGGGACCCCGCCGCCGCCGACAGCCAGCCGUUUGUGCUGUCCAACGGCGACGCCGCCGGCUUCUCGCUGCACGGCGACUUUUUGGCCGCCUGGGACACGACGGUGCUGCAGCACAUUAUCGACACGUGCGACGCUGGCGACGCCGGCAUGGACCAGUGUGCCGGCGUCGAGACGGUGCUCCAGGGCAACUGCAACAUCCCCAACCCGACGCCCGAGGACAUCACCGGUGUGCUGUCGGCGUUGCCCGGCAACAACCCGCUGUUUGGCUGGCAGUACGGUACGGGCAGCGCCACUGGAGCCAGUCCCACUGGUGCGACGGGUGCGACGGGUGCGACGGGUGCGACGAGUGCUUACGGCUCUCGUAAGUCUGGCUCUUCUUCGUCUGCCGCUGCCGCUGCCGCUCCUCCGUCUGCCAAGGCCUCGACCCCCUCAUCGUCGCCUGCCGUCGUCGCCAACCACGCCGUGUCCAACGCCGACGCCAAGACGGAGAGUCUCUCUCCUUCUCCCACUGUCUCUCCCUCUCCCUCUCCCUCGCCUUCGGCGUUGUCCAUCGUUGUCUCGUCUCAGGUUGCCGCCGUCUCGGUUGCUCCUUCGUCGUCUUCUGCUGUCGGUGCUUCGUCGGCUUCUUCGUCUUCGUCAUCGUCGUCGGCUCCUCUUGUGCACUCGGCCUCUUCCUCUGCCUUGUCUCCUCCUUCCUCGUCGUCUGUCGUGACACCCGCCUCUUCUUCGUCUCCGUCCUCUUCCGCGUUUUCUUCCCGUCCUCCUCCCCCCUCCUCCACAGUCUCGUCUGUCGAGGCCGCCUCUACCAGCUGUGCCGCACCAACCGACAUUUCCACGACCAUUGUCACAGUCCCCGUGACCGUCUACUCGACGUCGACGUCGACCAUCUACCAGACAGCCACGGCCUGCACUUUGUCGUCGGCCGUCUCGUCCCCUUCGGCGCCCUACCGGACGUCUGCCGUGGCCUCGGCAGCCGGUGCCGCCAAGCGCAGCGAGCACAUGCAUCGUCACGCCCACGCACGGCGUCACUAG